UCUCUCCAGGUAUAACUAUGGGAAGACAUAUAACAUUGUGCUGGGAGCCAACCAGGUGGUUCCUGGGAUGGAGGAAGGGCUGAAGGAGAUGUGUGUUGGAGAGAGAAGACACCUGGUCAUACCUCCUCACCUGGGCUACGGAGAGAGGGGAGUGGAUGGUGAGGUGCCGGCCAGUGCUGUCCUGGUCUUCGACAUCGAGAUGAUCGAGAUGGAGGCGGGCCUUCCUGACGGGUACAUGUUCAUCUGGAACGAGGAGGUAUCAGCUGACCUCUUCACUGAGAUGGACGCAGACAAGGACCUACAGGUGUUGGCCUCAGAGUUCUCAGACUAUAUCCUGCGUCAGGUGAACGAGGGUAAAGGUCGCCUUGCCCCUGGGUUUAACGCAAAUCUCAUCAUCGAGAACAUGUUCUCCAACCAGGACCGUAAUGGAGACGGAAAGAUCACUGAGGAGGAGUUCAAACUGAAGGCCGACGAGACACCACACGACGAGCUAUAAGACAGACUAGACCCCACAUGACGAGCUAUAAGACAGACUAGACCCCACACGAUGAGCUAUAAGACAGACCCCACACGACGAGCUAUAAGACAGACUAGACCCCACGCGACGAGCUAUAAGACAGACUAGACCCCACACGACGAGCUAUAAGACAGACUAGACCCCACACGACGAGCUAUAAGACAGACCCCACACGACGAGCUAUAAGACAGACUAGACCCCACACGACGAGCUAUAAGACAGACCCCACACGACGAGCUAUAAGACAGACUAGACCCACGCGACGAGCUAUAAGACAGACUAGACCCCACACGACGAGCUAUAAGACAGACUAGACCCCACACGACGAGCUAUAAGAGAGAUGAGACCCCACACGACGAGCUAUAAGAGAGAUGAGACCCCACAUGAUGAUCUAUAAGAGAGAUGAGACCCCACACGACGAGCUAUAAGAGAGAUGAGACCCCACACGACGAGCUAUAAGACAGACUAGACCCCACACGACGAGCUAUAAGACAGACUAGACCCCACACGACGAGCUAUAAGACAGACCCCACACGACGAGCUAUAAGACAGACCCCACACGACGAGCUAUAAGACAGACCCCACACGACGAGCUAUAAGACAGACUAGACCCCACACGACGAGCUAUAAGACAGACCCCACACGACGAGCUAUAAGACAGACUAGACCCCACACGACGAGCUAUAAGACAGACCCCACACGACGAGCUAUAAGACAGACCCCACACGACGAGCUAUAAGACAGACUAGACCCCACACGACGAGCUAUAAGACAGACCCCACACGACGAGCUAUAAGACAGACUAGACCCCAUACGACGAGCUAUAAGACAGACCCCACACGACGAGCUAUAAGACAGACUAGACCCCACACGACGAGCUAUAAGACAGACCCCACACGACGAGCUAUAAGACAGACUAGACCCCACACGACGAGCUAUAAGACAGACCCCACACGACGAGCUAUAAGACAGACCCCACACGACGAGCUAUAAGACAGACUAGACCCCACACGACGA